CUAUUCAAGCCUCUAUUAUUCAUUUUCAGGGUCGGACUGGACCAACGGGACACCCGAAAAAAAACCCGGUGGGGCCCCAGUGACCCUGACCCGACCCCUGCCUGCCCUGCUCCAUUGCUCCCUCUCUUCUUCACCUGCCCUCUGCAGUUGCUCCCCACCCUUCCUUCUUCCUAUGGCUGGAAAAGAAAGGUGGGGAGGAGCUGGUGGUUUGUGAGUGGGUGGGUGAGUGGAGGGGCACCAUUUUCUAUAACUCUACCACACCUACUAGUAAAUUAUUUGCCAUGCAGAAAUAUAAUUUCUAUCAAAAACUGUGAUUAAACAGAUUAGUGAUGUCGGACUUCUGUUAUUCUGAACACAAUUGUACCUCCAGAAUUAGCCCUCAAUCUACGCCACUACUAUGGCCCAUGUUUCCCUGUUGGAGUAACACUUGGCCAAUGAUGUCCAUAGCAGUACAGGGGGCAAAAUCCCUUAAUUUAAUUGUGAUUAAUCUAAUUUUGUAUAAUUUUGCUAUUACAACAACAAGAUCAUCAGAGAUACAUGCCUGUCUGGGGUCUGGUAUAGAUAACGAGUAAAUUUGCUAAAACCAAAUAAUUACCCAAGUUCUUGGGUCACUGACUUUACCAUAAACAAUAUGUCAUAUUGUUUAUUUUUUCCUUAAAUCUUCCUGCACUUGUAUAUCACUGAUAUAAUCUGACUUUAUUUAGCUUAUCCAAUAUCUGUAUCCAGACAUAAGGAAACUUCACAGGACAUUGCCAAGCUCAAUGUCUAUAUGUAUAAAAAGAUGCACAUAACAAUAUGAAUGCUGAAUUAAAUGCAAACAUCAGUUGAGUAAGGGAGGCUGGAGAAAGGCAGAAAUGGAAGCCUUGUUAUCAAAAUCCAGAUACAUAAAAUGUAUUAAAAAAACGUAUUAAAAGGUGAACCUCUGCUUUAAUUUGUGCUUAUAUAUGUUUUGUAUAAUACCUUAGAAAGCAAAGCCCGAUACAAAUCUUUUCUUGAAUGUGUAAUAAUACAAAUGCAGGAGAUUUUACAGGACAAUGCACAUUGUGUUGCAAAACAGAGAUUUUUGUAAAGCAAAGGGUAAUCCUUCUGCAGAAAAACUGUGCUGGUCAGGAUGGAAGUGCAUAUUUUCCUUUGUGGGCUGUAUGUUCUGUAAUUACAGAUGGCACAGAGUUAUUGUCAGAGGGGGAGUACAGGCGUCUCCUGUAACAUGAGAUUUCUCACAAGAGUUCAGCUUGUUCUAAAGGGCCAAGCUAAUGGGAGUAAACUGAAUGGAGACCAGUUAAAUAUUCUUUCACCUGCAGCAGAGCGUAUCAGCAUUGCAAGACCUUUGGAGUCUCAGUUGCACAGGAUAAGAGAGAAGAGGUGGUGUGAGCUGUCCCAGCGGGUCCCAGGAUGAAGGGCUGUUCAGUGGCUAAUAUCAGGACAGUGGCUGGAAUUGGUGUAUUCCUAGGAGUAUGCAUUGCCAUUGUUGCCUUGUGUGUAACUCUUGGACGUCCCCAUAGCAAAGAUCCCAGCCCUUCAUUCAGUACUGGGGAUGAUAUGUUAGAAUAUUUGAUGUACCAAGGGGAGAUCAGAUCAAAGGAUGGGCUGUUGGUUAGCUGGUACCAUGCAGCAAACAGCAAGAGUGAGAUGGAGGAAGCGCUAAAUAGUGAUAUCAUGAUUCUUGAAGCAGACGUUAAUGUGGAAGGACAUUUAACGCUAAAUGAGACAAAUCUCCCUAUUAUGGCUCAUCCUCCUGCUGUAUAUAGUGAUAACACUCUACAAAACUGGUUAGAUUCUGUUCUUAAGUCACCAAAAGGCAUCAAGCUGGAUUUCAAAAGCAUCCAGGCUGUUGGCCCAUCCCUUGAUAUACUGUUUGCAAAGGCCUCAGAGGUGAAAAUAAAUCGGCCAGUCUGGUUAAAUGCAGACAUUUUGAAGGGACCCAAUGUCAACCAUGAAAUUGGUGUCGAUGCAACUCAGUUUCUGAAUUUAGUGAAAAACAAGUUUCCAGACGUCACGCUAUCUCCUGGUUGGGUCACUCUGUAUCUGCCACCCAUUAUUUCUAACAGAACUUAUACCAGAGAAAUGAUCCAACAGAUGUACAACAUGGUGAGGGACCUACCUCAAAAAAUUACCUACCCAGCUCGGGCAGUCAUGACCCGCUCUGCAUGGCCUCACUUCAACUGGCUCCUGCAGCAGUCUGAACGAUACACUAUUACUCUAUGGCAAGGGAAGUCAGAUCCACUUACUCUGGAGGACCUUUUGUUUAUCCGGGACAGCAGCAAUCCAGAGGAGAUUUAUUAUGAUAUUUUUGAGCCGCUGUUAUCUGAGUUCAAGGAAGCAGCAUUGAAUCCAAACAGAAAACGUCUCUUUUACCCUGGGGGAAGCAUACAGCUCUAUUUUCAGCCAGAAGAUUCCGAUGGGCUUCUAGUUAACUGGUAUGAAGCAGAUGCAGAUAUCUUAUCCGAAAAAGAAUUCUUCAGCAGCAACUCUGGAAUGAUUACUCUGAAUAUUAGAGUGAAAGAUUCCAGCUCUUCCCCGCAAGUGGCCUUCCCCAAAUCACCAACCCAGUUCUCACUGGAAGAUUACAUGAAUGUCAUAUUGGCCAAUCCCAAUCCUUGGGGAGUCUUCCUUAAAAUAGAGACUCAAGAUGCUCUGAACAAAACACUCAAGGUUCUCAGUAGGAUGCAUGACCACAAAGCACUGAAUGUUCCUGUGUGGAUAAGCAUGGAAGUGUCUUAUGGAAAUUUCAGCAUGGAAGGAUACAUUCAGGGAAUAGACUUUCUCAACACCAUUAAUGAUAUAUUCCCAUAUGUUACAAUUGCCCCGAGCUGGCCUGCACCAGUGCUGGGUUCAGGAUAUACAGAAAUACUGGUGCAAGACAUGCUCAUGCUUUGUGAAGGACUUUGGCAGGAAGUGUCCUUCCAACUGAAUGCCGUAGCAUUAGGAAAAGAGUGGCUGAGUGCAGUGAAACUCCUGCAGGUUUCGCCUAUGUACUCACUCACCAUAGAACACAACUCAAAACAAGGGAUUUUCCUUGAUGGAUAUGCAGGACUUAUGGCCAUGAGAUCACAUGAAGAAAACAGAAUUUAUUACAGGUUACAGCAGGAUUAUCUAAACAUGUUCUUGGAAAAUGUUUUUACUUCAUAGUUACCAGAACAUGGCUAUAAAUCUCUAUCUGGAAUGUUUGGUGCCUGGGGCUUUUUGGAUAAUUAGAUCCAUACUAAAUGUUUUUAUUAAACCCAAUAGGAGUAUUUUGCCAUAAAUGUAAAAAGGAAGUCAUUAAAAAUGAAGUAUUGUUUGCUUAAGUAAGAUUUUUCAUUCCUGUAUAUCAGAGCUUUCUGGAUAAAUGGUCUCCAGAUAACAAAUCCCAUUUCUAUACUUUUAACACAGACAGUGCUUUAAUGGUGUAUUAGUAAUCAUGUUAUUAUCUUACUUACAUCUUAAUAUGUUUAAUGAUCAAUCCCUUUAAUAUAUCAGGCCACAAUCUUGAUGGUUUGUUGUAAAGAAACAAUAACAUUACAAGAGAGCUUUUGAAGGGGCCAGAAGGCCUGACAACAGUGGAAGAUACAGUAUAUAGAAAGCCCAAGGAAAAUAACUAUUUGUUUAAAUAUACAGUAUUGACAUUACACAAAUGAAGGGGCAACUGUAAAUGGAGGAACACGAGUACAGUAGUGAAAUUACAGCUAAAGCUGAUGCUAUAUUGUGAAUUUUAGAUCAUAUUAUGUUUAGUUGGGUGUAGCUCUGAUCCUUUCUGUAGCUCUAUGAACCCUUUGUUUCUUCUACUUCUUUUGACCCAGUCCAGUGGACAGAACCAAGCAAGCCCAGAGAGAUGCCCAGGUUUAUGUAUAGCCCUUCGUUAAAACCUAUAAUUCAUGACAUUAUUACUGGCUAUUGCAUAAUGUAUGCAAUAGCCAGUAAUAAUGUCAUGAUCUGUAGAUCAGCAAUACAAUAUCCCUAUUUUAGAAUGUUAAUCUACAGAUUUACAUAUGAUGCAAAACUUGCAGACGCUGAAUUCCUUUUUAUCAGAUAAAUACUACAGAUUCUUAGACUUGGAAGUGCAUAUCAUUAAAUGCUGAUCUUUCCGUGA